UUGAUUGAACUUUAACUGGAAAGACAUAAGCAGUUAAAGUCGUUUUAAUGUUUGUCUAAAAAGACAUUCAAAACCAAAACAAAUAUUCAUUAAUAAGUAAAGUUAGACGUUCAAUUCAAUAUAUUUCUAUAAUAAAUAUGGCUGAAGCUGUAGAUCCUACUUCAUCUGUUGGGUCUGUGAGAAGUUCACCGAAAGAUAUUCAAUUAAUGGCUAGUAUAUUAAAAGAAAUGGGUAUAAGUGAUUAUGAGCCCCGAGUUCUUAACCAAAUGUUGGAAUUUAGCUAUCGGUAUCUGACAACUAUUCUUGAUGAUGCUUUUUUAUAUUCAACUCAUGCAAAAAAGAAAUGUGUUGAUAAUGAGGACGUAAAGCUGGCUAUAAGUUUAUAUCAAGAAAGAGUAAUGGCUGCUCCACCUGCUCGAGAUGUAAUUUUAGAGGUUGCUAAGCAAAGAAACAGUAUGCCUUUGCCACAAAUCAAAUCAACAGCUGGAUUGCGUCUUCCUCCUGAUCGUCACAGUCUUACUUCUUGUAAUUAUCGAUUAAAGUCAGCUUCAAAAAAAAGAGUUCAUACAGUUUCCAGAUUAAGCAUAAGUAAUGUCACUUCCAAUUUAGGAAACAAGAAUUCUGCAUUGAUAAAUGUGAACAAGGCACCUUCUGUUCUUUCCAAAGGUAAUACAAAUCUGUCUCCAGCAAUAACAAAACCAGUUGUAAGCAUUUCAAAGCCUGUGCCGACACCAAUCAUCAAAUUCUCUGAUGGAAAAGGGGUGACAUCUUCUUUAUUUCCCACACCACCAGCAGUGACAACAGCAAUCAAUUCUCUGCCUCAAUUACUAAUGCCUACAAUCGGAAUAAACCCAGCAACUACUACGCAUAUUUUAAUGCCUACAAUUGGUGUGCCUACUACUGUUACAAACCAGCUGUUGAUGCCAUCUAUUAACAUUACCACGGCUUCUCAACAAAUAUUAAUGCCUAAUGUAGGCACAACUUCUGCAUCAACUCCACAAAUAAAUAUGCCCACUGUAGGUACAAUGAAUACUGAAAUUAAGAUGCCUAAUGAUGCUAGUGCCAAAGGGGAUAUGGAGGAAGAUGAUGACUAUGACAUGGAAUAAAUGAAAUCUCACUUGUCAUUGUAUUUUCAGUUUAGCAUUCUCAUUGUCCUAUUAUUGUAUGUUUUAUUAUUCUCAUUUAAAUUCAUAUGAAAUACUAAUAAAAAAAAAUUAUCAUUUGUGUUUA